AUGACUUCCACUCAACGCAGCAUUGCCAUUGCAUUCUUGGACACGUUCAAGGACCUCGACCUCGAGGCAAAUCUUGCUCUCAGAACGGCAGAUUGCGUCCAUACCAUCGCUCCUGCAACAUUAGGGGUCCGUCCGAACAUGUCAAACCAUGACUUCGGAGCACACCUCUUGUCUCUGAAGGAAUUCAUUUUAGCAAUUCCUGUCACCCCCAAGAAGAUUUAUGAAGGAGGUAACCUCGUCACCGUUUGGGCAACAAGUGAAACAACGUUCCGCGAGCAAGCAAAGGAUAAAGACUCGACGGUUGACUGGAGCUAUGAGGGAGAAUAUAUUUUUGUCUUCACCUUCAAUCAGACGGGCGACAAAAUCCAGCACAUACUUGAAUUUGUCGACAGCAAAAAGGUUGAGAACGCCCGAGUACUGUUCCGGAGAGCUGCCCGGAACAUAGCGGAGGAAAACAGCACGAAUACUGCUCGCUAG